AUGAGUGAUAUUCGAGGAUCGGAACGAUUUAUUAAGGCUAUUACUAUCGGAAACACCUCAGUGGGAAAAUCAUCUCUAGUACGCCGAUGGUGUGGAGAAGAUGUGUCUUCAUCUUUACCAACGGUUGGCGUGGAUUUCAGGUAUCGAGAAAUCAUGCUUGAUGACCGAACGAUUAAGGUGUCCCUCUUUGAUACUGCUGGUUCCGAAAAGUUUGAGUCCUUAACUCAAAGCUAUUAUCGAGGGAGUAAAAUAGCCUUUAUUGUCUAUGAUGUUACUAAACAUAAUUCUCUAGAAGCUUGCAAACAUUGGUUAAACUCCCUGCAAAAAGUUGUGGAUGUGGAUGAUGUUGUUGUAGUUUUAAUAGGAAACAAAUCCGAUGAUGUUUCCCAUCGAAAAGUUACCUACCAAGAAGGACAGGCAUUUGCUGAACAACACAAAAUUCCCUUGUUUUUUGAAACAUCAACCCUCUCGAACAGCAAUACAGAGCUUGCAUUCUUUGAGGGGGUACGAAGAGCCUAUAAUAUCAUGCUUUCCAAACAUUUAUCAACUGCAGAUACCAUUCAUCUCAGUUCUAAAGUAAUCAUGCAAGACAGUUUAACUAAAAAGGCAUCAUGUUCUUGUUAG